CUGAGUAAUGGAGCAGACAUUAAUUUACGUACAAAGGACAGAACCAGUCCUCUCUAUAUAGCUUGUCAAAACGGACAUGAUAGCACUGUACAACUUUUACUGAGUAAUGGAGCAGACAUUAAUUUAAGUACAAAGGACGGAGCCAGUCCUCUCUAUAUAGCUUGUCAAAACGGACAUGAUAGCACUGUACAACUUUUACUGAGUAAUGGAGCAGACAUUAAGUUAUGUGAUGAGGAAGGAACCAGUCCUCUCUAUAUAGCUUGUCAAAACGGACAUGAUAGCACUGUACAACUAUUACUGAGUAAUGGAGCAGACAUUAAUUUAUGCAACAAAAACGGAGCCAGUUCUCUUUAUAUGGCUUGUCAAAACGGACACGAUAGCACCAUGAGUAAUGGAGCAGACAUUAAUUUAUGUGAGGAAAAUGGAGCCGGUUCCCUCCUAAUAGCUUGUUUUAAUGGACGUGAUAGCACUGUACAACUUUUACUGAGUAAUAGAGCAGACAUUAAUUUAUGUAUAGAGGAUGGAACCAGUCCUUUCUAUAUAGCUUGUCGAAACAGACAUGAUAGCACUACAACUUUUACUGAGUAAUGGAGCAGACAUUAAUUUACGUACAAAGGACAGAACCAGUCCUCUCUAUAUAGCUUGUCAAAACGGACAUGAUAGCACUGUACAACUUUUACUGAGUAAUGGAGCAGACAUUAAUUUAAGAACAAAGGACGGAGCCAGUCCUCUCCAUAUAGCUUGUUUAGAUGGACAUGUAAGCACUGUACAACUUUUACUGAGUAAUGGAGCAGACAUUAAUUUAUAUGACGACGACGGAACCAGUCCUUUCUCUAUAGCUUGUCAAAACGGACAUGAUAGCACCGUACAACUUUUACUGAGUAAUGGAGCAGACAUUAAUUUAUGCAACAAAAACAGAGCCAGUCCUCUUUUUAUAGCUUGUUUUAACGGACAUUAUAGCAUUGUACAACUUUUACUGAGUAAUGGAGCAGACAUUAAUUUAUGUAUACAGGACGGAACCAGUCCUCUCUAUAUAGCUUGUCAAAACGGACAUGAUAGCACUGUACAACUUUUACUGAGUAAUGGAGCAGACAUUAAUUUAUGUAUGGAGGACGGAACCAAUCCUCUCUAUAUAGCUUGUGAAAACGGACACGAUAGCACUGUACAACUUUUACUGAGUAAUUGAGCAGACAUUAAUUGAUGUAUGGAGGACGGAACCAAUCCUCUCUAUAUAGCUUGUCAAAACGGUCAUGAUAGCACUUUACAACUUUUACUCAGUAAUGAAGCAGACAUUUAUUUAUGUGAGGAAAAUGGAGCCGGUCUUCUCUUUAUAGCUUGUCAAAAGGGACAUGAUAGCACUGUAUAACUUUUACUGAGUAAUGGAGCAGACAUUAAUUUAUGCAACAAAAACGGAGCCAGUUCUCUUUAUAUGGCUUGUCAAAACGGACACGAUAGCACCAUGAGUAAUGGAGCAGACAUUAAUUUAUGUGAGGAAAAUGGAGCCGGUUCCCUCCUAAUAGCUUGUUUUAAUGGACGUGAUAGCACUGUACAACUUUUACUGAGUAAUAGAGCAGACAUUAAUUUAUGUAUAGAGGAUGGAACCAGUCCUUUCUAUAUAGCUUGUCGAAACAGACAUGAUAGCACUACAACUUUUACUGAGUAAUGGAGCAGACAUUAAUUUACGUACAAAGGACAGAACCAGUCCUCUCUAUAUAGCUUGUCAAAACGGACAUGAUAGCACUGUACAACUUUUACUGAGUAAUGGAGCAGACAUUAAUUUAAGUACAAAGGACGGAGCCAGUCCUCUCUAUAUAGCUUGUCAAAACGGACAUGAUAGCACUGUACAACUUUUACUGAGUAAUGGAGCAGACAUUAAGUUAUGUGAUGAGGAAGGAACCAGUCCUCUCUAUAUAGCUUGUCAAAACGGACAUGAUAGCACUGUACAACUAUUACUGAGUAAUGGAGCAGACAUUAAUUUAUGCAACAAAAACGGAGCCAGUUCUCUUUAUAUGGCUUGUCAAAACGGACACGAUAGCACCAUGAGUAAUGGAGCAGACAUUAAUUUAUGUGAGGAAAAUGGAGCCGGUUCCCUCCUAAUAGCUUGUUUUAAUGGACGUGAUAGCACUGUACAACUUUUACUGAGU